GAGGGCCGAGAAAUGCCCCAUUUGGCCGUGUUGCCCUUGGGGGACCGCCGCGUCCCAACCUGCGCUUGCUGCUCUGUGGCCCUCGAGGUUUGGGGAUAGUUUAGGGAGAAUGAGUCAAUGCAAGCGAAGGAACAUUUGUUAAUUGAUUGGAAAAGAAAAUCCAAGGAGAGAAUGAAAGGACAUUUCAUGUUCUCGGUGUAUGGUUGUUUGAUGCGCUCCUCCAUUAGAUUUUUCCUUAACUUUAGAGAAGUGUCGGUGACGAACAGUUUAUGAGUGUUUUUGCUUUUAGGAGAAAGCCCGAAACACUCGGCUGGCUGUGUAUGCAGCUGAACUGUAGUGUUUUUGGAAUCCUUCAAACCCUCUCUCUUAGGUUUAGAACUGAAGGUAACGGUGAGUUCCAGGAACUGCCAGGGCUUAGCUGUCAAGCAGCGGGGUGCGCACCUGGCUGGUCCACACAGCGGAGGCCAUCCCAGCCCGUGUUGUCGGUGACGGAGGGUCCGGCAGCCCAGAACGUGCUGACACGCCAGUACUAGUGGAAUACUGGUGGGAACUGGCUUUGAAAGUGUGUGGUACUAUCUUAACUGUUUAAAGUUAUCUCGUAGCUAGUAGCAUUUAAAAAAAAAACACAUUUGAAUGCAUUUUUGUCCUGUUGAUGUUGUUACCCGGAGAGCAGGGCCACCUUGUCCGUGGGCCUCUCCCUGUGCAUUAUGCUAAUGUGGACUUCAAAACUCCCGCGGUAGUGAUUAAAAAAAAAACGGUAACACCUCUGUUUCUCUCAGCCUGUCUGCCUGUAAGUGAGCAUUCGGGUCAGUUUUUGUGCAAAGGGAACGUUUGUCUCGGCUAGGGCUGCCGUUCUCUGCACGCUCUUUCUCCCAGCGUAUGACCGUUCCUUCCAGAACGGACCCUGUGCUGUGGAGUGUGACAGCAAGGUUCCCAGCAGUGAGGAUGUGCUCGCCCUGCUGUCCUCAGGCCCUGUUGAGGGCUGCUUGCUGCCUGCAGUCCCAAGAUUCCGUCCCUGGAGUGCAAGCACCUGGCGGCCACCAAAGCUUCUCUGAGCUGGGGCAGGCUCGGGAGUCGCCUGGGAAGAGAGGCCCACCCCAGGAGAAGGGCCUUCUGAUACGUUAGGCCACGUAGCCCUCCUUGGGAAGAACUUCUGGGUGCAUUCCCUUUAGUUUCUAGAAGAAAUGUGCCAAGCAACCAAGGCCGUGCUACUUGAGAACUCACACCCAGGUGUCUGGCUUCUGUCGCAGGCCUUGCUGCAGAGCUGCUCACUGUCACACUGCCCAGGGUUGUGAAUGCAGGAGCCCGCACGAGGCAGGAGGCUGUGGCACAGAUGGCACCCGGCGCCUGAGAAGAGGAGCCUGCAAAGGAAGGAAGAGGCCCGUGAAAUUUGCCACGCACAGUGCCCAUCUGAGCCUGGGGCUUCAGGCGACAAGGCGGAAGAGCCUCGCGCGGCUGGCCCUGCCUGACUGCAGCUCCAGCCUCGCCCAGCUCGGUGGCGGGAAACACUUCAGGAGAGAUGCCUGCUGCGGACUUCCUCUGAGUGCAGUGAGCUUGGAAGAGCCUCAUGGUUUUUCCAGAUCUCUUGGAAGAAGCAGAGCUUCUGUGUGCUGGAUCACUCCUGAAUGGCCACAGUGACUGGAAAGCAAAGAGUCUGGAACUACAUCCUGGUCUCCCUUGUAGCAGGUAUCCAAGCACCUGGGCCAUCUCCCUCCGCUUUUCCGGGUACGUCAUCAGGGAGCAGGACUCAAACCCAGCACCUGUAUGGGGUGCCCUGUCACAGUGUCACAGUGAUGACCCCCAUUUGUUUUCCUUUUAAUUCUCUUAAGCGUUAGUUCUUUAUAAUCUUUAAAAAUCAAAUACUUUUUUUUUUAACUAACUUGUAUAAUCAUUUAUGGUUUUUAAAACAAUGCUCAAUGUCACUGAACAGGUUUAUUCCAUUUGUAAUAUGUUUUUCCUAUGUCUGCAUAAAUAACUCAGAAUCAAAAAGUAAAUCCCCCAGUGUGGCUACUACUAAGCCUUUCCUUGGAGGAAAACCAAGAUGUGGUAUAGAGCACAUUCAGGACACGCUGCUGUUCCUGGGGCGUGGCGUUUGCCUUUGGCUAAGCAGGUCAUUCUGUGGCUCUCUGUGUACUGUUAAGCAAUGUUUGGAAAGCAGUCAAAAGGGAAUGGACAUUUUAAUGCACUGUAGGAAUAAUUUACAAGUACUUCCUCUGUGUCUUGAGAGGCCUCCUGGAUUAUCUAUUAUCCUACAGUGCAGAAAUUUUCUGACUUCAAAGGUAGGUGAAUGCCGAAUCAAUGUCAAAACUGCUUUCUUAAGUGCUUCCUCAGUGCCAGGUGCACCCGGGCACAGUUCAUGAUCUGCACUGUCACUUACAAUCCUUGGUCAUCAGCCCACUGGGCAGGAACAUGCCAGUGGGUUCCACUGCACAGGGGCUCUGUGUGGACAUAAACCAGGUGGAGGGAACUGUGUGGAAGAAGCCGGGGCUUGGACACAAUUUGCUGCAGUGUGUCUGCUGCGCCCCAGGAGUGUGCGUACCUGCCGACACCAGAGGCCACGUCUCCCGUGUUACUCUGUCUGUUCACCUGACUUGGAGUGUUAAACCUGAACUGUUUUUUCCCAUCAUUUAGCCAUACCUGUUCCAGAAGCCAAAAAGAACUUUAUUUAGAAGAACUCUGAUUUCUUUUUUAUUCUGACUCAGGGGACUGGCAGUGCAGUAACUUCUCAUUGUUUCAAGAAUGGUUUACAGCCAAGAAGCCCGCAGGUCGUAGCUUGCCUAUUAAACAGCAUCUAUGAAUCACAGCCUUGCACCUGCUCCCGCAAACUCUUCAAAUCAGUGCUGGGCUAGUGUCAGAGGCGCCACCGGGGCCUCAGUGCUCGGACUGAUUCUGAGACUUUCUUCCGUCCUGGUGCUCUGUACUUCUUGCUUGUGGACAUCAUCUGAAAGAAUGACACCUACCAAGUUCUAGAGGGUUUGGAAAGAAAUUGUCAAAAAGGCCUCCUGUAACUUUUUUUUUAAAGAAUCUUGGAGCAUGGGGAAAGUGCCAGAAGUACAGUAUUGCAGAAGGCUGCUAAGUAUUCGCCCUGCUGCUCUGAACUGAAGAAUGCCUACAGAGGAUUUUAUCUCAUGAAAUCUUUUUUUCAGUCGGCUCUUUAGACAUGCAGAUAAAGAAGAUGAAGGAUAUUGGAGAACAGUUAUACACUACACAAAUGAAGGGUGGACCUAAUUCCUUGACCAUGUCACCCAAACAACCCGACGCCAAUCGAGCAACUCGACCAGAUAGACAAGAAGCGCAAACCCUUUUGUAUCAAGGUUCGGAGGCUGAGGCGAUGAUGACCAUUGCUACGUGUGUAAAAUGCAAAAGUGUUCACAGAAUUCCUCUUCGGGAUUUGAAAAAGGGUACUGGGCAAAGUCCCAAGGAAGACAAAUAUAUCUGCUUCAAAUGCAACCUCGAUGCGACUCCUCUCCAUUUGCCGUUUGUCAACGGUAAUCCGAGUGCGACUCAUUUUGGAAACGAAACCGAAACCAUCUCCAGUCCUGUCAAUAAUAGCAAAUUUAAGGUAAGGAACUUUAAGCCAGGCAAGUACUACUGUGACAAGUGCCGCUUCUCCACCAAAGACCCGCUGCAGUACAGGAAGCACAUGCUUCAGCACGAGGAGAUUAAAUUCAUCUGCUCUCACUGCAGCUGCAUUUCCUACACUAAAGGAGAGUUCCAGCGGCAUCUGGUGAAGCACACGGGCGUGUUCCCCUAUCGCUGUGAAUACUGUGACUACGGUGCUAUCAGAAACGAUUAUAUUGUCAAGCACAGGAAGAGAGUCCACGAGCGAGCGGGCGCAAAGAGGCCCUUCCGAACUGUCGCCAAGCUGGAGCCGAAGAGAACCAAUGCUUCAAAGCAAAACCCAGAGCUGUUAAAAGCUUCUAAUCCCAGGACUGCGUUUCAAAACAAGUUAUCAGAUCAACUUGCAAGAUUCUCUAUCCAUACAAAUAAAGAUAAAAUGCACAAUAUUAUGGUGUUGCCUGAACCAAAGGAAUACCAGAAAGAUGUAGUGUGUAUUCCAAAUAAAGCGACACUGUCCAAGCCAAAUGAAGUCGGUCUGUUGGAGAACAAAAGCGUGGAAGUGGAAGUGUUGUCCCCUGCUAAAGAGCCUGUGCAGCCAGGGAUGCCGCUAACAGUAGUGGCACCAGCUGAACUUGUUGUCCCAGCUAACUGUCUAGCCCAGCUGAUAGAUGUGAAGGUUGUCAAUGGAACUCAGCAGCUGGUUCUGAAAUUGUUUCCACUGGAAGAAAAUAGCUGCCUUGAAGCCAGUAAAGAUAAAGGAAGCAAUUCAGAGCAUAUGGGUAAACAGAAGGCUUCAAGUGAACAGACAGUGGUUUCCGCAGAAAAAACAAAAUCAUUAACAAUUGAGGGGGAUGUUGGGAAAAUUGUAGACAUUAAUAGUCUUCAAUCUUCGGUUCAGAAACAGCUUAAGAAUGUUAAAUGGCUUAAGUCUUGUGAUUUUUUCAUGUCAAAUUCUAGUGUGCACAACCCUGCAGAGUCCUUUUUCAAGUCUGAUACAAUGGAGGAUUUGCAGAAAAAAAACAGUUUGUAUCCACAUAGAACUUCCCUUUCUUCUCUUUCCUUAAAAGGUCAUUCUCCAGCAUCUAUAGUGAAAAACAGUGUUUUAUGUAAUCUUGGUGGCUCCUCAAACCCAGUUGCUUAUACAGCUGCCCUUUCUUGGGCUGAAGAUGGAAGAAAUUUGCCUGCUGAUUCACAGCACUUAUUUCCUCUUGCAUCACCUCCAGCCAUUUCCUUUCCUGGAGAAAAAGGCUCGUUGCCUUUAAAGGAGAGUGACAGAGAGUCCAGAAGUAAGAUUAGCAGUCUUGUAAAAGCAAUUUCUUCUAGUAGGAAGACAGAAGAACAAAAAGCAGUUUCAAGUACAGGCCCAGUUUCCUCUCAGCGCAGAAGUGAAUGUUCCCCUGUAAAGCUGCGUGGGGGAGAUGGAUUGGAGUCUCAACAGGCUGGAGAGAACUCUUUGGAAUUAAAGGACUCUGAGAGGACUACAGACACUUUUGACGGUCCAGUCAUCUCGUCAGUAUUCUCUCUGAGUUCUGGAUCUGAGAAUGUCCCUGAGGGCGUUAAGUGGAACAGUUCAACCUCCAAAAUAAAGUCAAUUGAACUGCUGCGCAGGAAGAUAGCUCAGUUGAUUGAAUCCUGUGGCAAGCCUUCAUCAUUGGCUGCAAAUAGUGCGCAUCGUCGUUCAGUAGGGCAGGCAUCCAAAGUAACUUCGAAAGCUAGUCCUGAAAGUGUCCAGGAAGUUAGUGUGUCUGUCGCUGACCCUGGCCCUUCUGCAGGUGCCCUUCACAAGGCCAAGGAUGGUGACAGUGAUACCGGCAGUGAACCGCUUGCUCAUCCACAGAUAUAUCCAAAGUGUAUAGAUGGCUGCGAUGGGAAAACCGAAGGCAGAGUGACCAGGAAACCUCAUGUCGCUACUCCAGUAUUGAUCCCCAAAGGAGCUGUGUUGAGGGUUCUCAAUUCGUCCGAGGAUGCUCAAAUUAUAGAGGCCACAUGUGAAGCACCUGUCGGCAUACCCUGCAGUGAAGCACAGUUAAGCCCAGUUCCAUUGUGCCCUGUAACACAGACCAGCUCAGACCUGCAGGCUUUGAGCUGUGAAGCGAGGCCCAUGGACAUGUCCCGAGGUCUUGAGACAUCUCUUCGUCCUAAACCGAGAAAAGAGAGUGCCGUUCACUGUGGCACCACCCCUAAAAAACCAGGCACUACUCCUGGACAACAAGGAAGCAGUGAACUGAAUAAACAGGGAAAACUGCUUUCCAGGAAUUUUCCCACAAGUAGAAAUAAAAUCAGACAAGCAAGCUCAUCCAAGAAGAAAAGCAAGGUUCAGGCUGAUCCUAGCCGCUGUCUCAAGGAUCCUUCAAUUUUUCAGGUUGCGCGACAGCUUCGACUGAUAGCUGCUAAGCCAGAUCAGUUGAUUAAAUGUCCCCGUCGGAAUCAGCCAGUCAUUGUGUUAAACCACCCCGAUGUUGACUCACCAGAAGUGACCAACGUCAUGAAGGUAAUCAAUAAGUAUAAAGGCAAUGUCCUCAAAGUUGUUUUAUCGGAGAGGACAAGGUGUCAGCUCGGCAUCCGAAGGCAUCACGUCCGGCUUACCUAUCAGAAUGUGGAGGAAGCUAAUCAGAUUAAAAGGCAAAUGAUGUUGAAAAUGAAGCUUAAAAAAGUGCAUAAAAACAACUACCAGGUAGUGGAUUCCUUGCCUGAUGACUCGUCACAGUGUAUUUUUAAGUGCUGGUUUUGUGGGCGGCUUUAUGAAGACCAGGAAGAGUGGAUGAGUCAUGGCCAACGACAUUUGAUAGAAGCAACUAGAGACUGGGAUGUUCUUUCUUCCAGUGGCAAAUGAGCAAAAAUUGGGUCCUUGAAGCAGUUUUUUUCCCUGUGGUUUGAGAUGCCUGUUCCAGAUUCAGUAGGAGAAAUAAAGAUGAUAGAAACGACAAGAUGAUUAAUUGUUCAGAGCCCCUUUAGCAAUGUUGAAAGCUCUUAACCUGAGCUUUGUGACUGGACUUCAGAAGGUGUUGGAAGCCCUGAAAUUAUGCGCACAAACUAAUGGACAUGUGUUUUUGUGGUGAGAGGAUGUGAAACUUUCCAGCAGUUUCCUUCAGGAGCAUCUGAAUUCUUUGUGUAGCACCCCUGUUUCCUAGUAGAUAGACACUUUUUCUAAUCAUUGAGAGGGGCAAGUGGAGAAUGUUUUAUAUAAAUGCUACUGAAGAAUUAAAUUUAUGUGUUGAUGUGCACAUCCACUUCCCUUCUGCUUUAACUCAUUUCCUGAAUAUUUGUUACAUAAGUUAUAUUGUGUCUAUUAGUACCUUAAAUUUGGUUAUAGUAAAAUGUCCAUUUUUUAAAAUCCUACCCCCAAUCUGUAAUACUUGGGGAAGUUCUGCUAUAGUAGAGUCUUGCUUUUGUUGGCUGUUUUCAAAAAUGGUCCCAAGGAAUUGUCUGGAUUUGCUGCUUCAAAAAGUGUUAGGAGCUGAACAAAAAUACUUUAAGUAUUUAAACUUUCGUUUAAAAAUCUUGGUUUAUGAUAAUUGGCUAGGGAUCAUGCCCUUUUACAAACAAAAACUUGAUGGCUUCCAUAGGAAAAUAUUUAAAAAUAAGUCUUUGCAUUUACCACUAUCACAGACGAAGGAAGUGGCCAACAUAAGAGGAAGUCUUCUUAACAAAUAAUCACUGGGAAGAUAGUUCAAACUCGGCUUACAAAAAAGAUUGUGAAAGAAAUUGCAUGACUUAAUUUUCAUUUGGGAAUUCAUCCGCAAGCCACUGGUUGAUGUUGCCUGUAACGGCAGACCGUGGACUCUGCUUCCCAGGCCACAACUUAGUCUCUCAGCCGUUGUCUGUGUGGAGUGGGAUAGCUUCCCUACUCACCUCUGCCCCUUUGCCUUCUGUGCUUCUGAAGCACCUUAACUGAUAUAACUAAUGGAAUCAACAAAACGGAAAUGCCCUGCUGCCUCUGCUAGGGUAAUGAGGACAGGGUUACUGAAUCUCGUUGCUGGUGAUGAUGUACUGCACAUUGCCAGCAGCCAUGCUUUCCCUGUUGCUCACCCAUCCUAGGAAAGCAUUCAUUCCACUUUCCCUCUCUGGACAGAUGUCAAGGUAGUCUAACAGAAGGGAAAAGUCUACCUUCUGCAUAGGCAAAGCUCAGGCAUGCUGUGAAAGGCGUGGCAUGUGCAACACAGGAUUGAACGCAAGACCUCACUUGUUCACAAAGCCAAUCACUGAACCCAGCACAGCCACCAACCGCCCCAAGCUGCUUGCUUGCUUGCGAGGACUAUCCUUAGCGAGUCAACCUGCUAACAUCUGGAAACGCAGUGGUUUCAGUCGAGAAAAUCAGAAAAUCCUGAUUUUUCUCACAUGGAAAAGUCUUAAAUUACCUUAUAGGUGGGAUUAUACUCCUUUCAAGUUGGUUCUCAUUAGAUUACAUUUCUUAUUUGCGAUUGAAUACAUGAUUAUUAAGUUGGUAUUUACUUAAAUUUACAUCUUCUAUAUGUAUUCAUAUUUUUUACCAUGUGAAUAUUGAAUCAACUGUUUUCCUAUUUUACAGUGUGGACUAGAAGAAUGUAAAAUGUUUUAUAUUCUAAAAGUAAUUUAUUUUGGAAGCACAUUUUUAUAGUGUUCUGAUCAUGUUUUUAGAAAAUGAAAGCACAGUAAGUGCUGGGCUCUGGUUUGAAUGAACAAGCAGAAACCCCAGGGGACUCGCCGUGUCACCACGUCCUUGUGUUUUCAUUUGGUGCUGUUGCAUGGUGAAGAACAUUCUGAAGUUUUACCCUUGUUACCUUCCGGCAUGGGAGACUACCCCUAAGAAACUAGGAACAGGGAAGGAUGUGUUUCUUUUAUUUUUCUGUGUCUCCCAGUUGAGUGGAUUUUUUUCUGACUGGCUAGACCACAAGUCAGGUGCGUGUUAAAUGUCGACACGAAAAACGUCAUGCAGCAUCAGCUAGUUUUCGAGUAUUAACUCAGAAACAACUUACGUACUUGUGCAGCUGAACUUUGUGAGUAGAAUAUGUAGCAGAAGUUUGGGGAAUUUUUAUAACUAUAGUACUUUAUAAAAUUAAGGAGUUCCUGCAAGUCAUAAAAAAUGGGGAGACAAAUGUGGCCAUCUUCCCUAAUAAAGAAAUCUAGAGAAUAGCUUAACACGCGUAUAAACAUAAUGAGCAUCUAACAGUUGGAGGGAGUGGGGCGAAACCGUGCCGAGUAGUGGUACUCUCACCUUGGUUGUGAAGGGCCUCCAGUCGUUGCAUUUUGUUAAUAGUACUAACAGAACCAUUUUAAGCUUAUUUUUUAAAGUAGGUUUUCUUACUUUUGGGAACCAGAAAUGAGAUGACCUUGUUAUAUUUAUGAUAGACAAAUAGAGUACAAGUUUUGUUUUUAAUAAAAGCAACACUGACUCUGUGUACAUUCAAAUAGAUUAUAUUUUAUUCACAUUUUUAGCCCCAGCCCACAACAUUUUGUGAGCCCUGUUCUGGGCCAGAUGCUGUUUGCUGAACUAAGCAAUGUAUUCACCAUCCACGGCUCUAUCCUCCUUUGGACAUGUAGAAGCCAUCCUACCAAAUGAAGAGAAGAUGUUGCUCAGCCUUUUGAGUAAUUUUUGAAUAUGUAAUAUAUAUGAGCAGAAAAUAAAACCUUACCAUGUUUAAAGCA